GCGGCCUUAAGUUGCGCAAAAGUAGGACUAGGUGAAGUACUUUUGGUGUCAGCAUUAUAAAAUGCAAUACUAUGGAUCACCACGAGUUGUUUAUGUGUUGUAGGCGAGGUGACUUGUCUAAAGCACAGCACCUGGUGGAAAACAAGGAUGUUGGUAUAAACAUUCGAGAUAAAUGGGACAGUACUCCAUUAUACUAUGCGUGCCUUUGUGGACAUGAAGAGCUGGUUAAAUACCUUCUUGAAAAUGGUGCCCGUUGUGAACCAAACACAUUUGACGGUGAGCGGUGCCUGUAUGGUGCCCUGACAGACAGCAUCAAGAAACUUCUCCUUUCCUACAACAUGGUCUCAGCCAAGGUGAUGAGGAGGGACCUGUAUGAUGAAUUCCUAAGAAGAUUACAAGAGCCAGGAAUGUACCAGGACAUUAUUUUCAAUAUCCGUGGUGAGAGAUUCCGAGCUCACCGGUGUGUACUCAGUGCUAGGAGCAAGUACUUUGCUGAAAUGUUCCGCACUCGAUGGAAGGGACGGAAAGAAAUACCGCUGAAACACAAACUGAUAUUACCUGAAGCCUUUGAACAGAUCUUACAGUUUUUAUACUCAGGUCAGAUGGAGAUUCCCCUCCAGCUUCUAGAUCCCUGUGUCACACUAGCACGACAGUGUAGGCUUACUAAACUACUCGUCAUGAUAGAGGACAGGCUCAACUCUAACAAAGAAUUAGAGAUGUUGAAGCCUGGCCUACAUGUAACAUCCCUGCUAGUAGAGACCCAGGAUCGCUGGCAGUUACAGCUGGAAUUUGGCAGCCUUGCGGAUGUGGCACUGCCUCAGGAAUUAUGUGCCCUUGGAACAGGGGAGCUACCAUUUGAGCCAGAAUUCGCGUGGAUGUAUUCCGAUAUUGUUUUCCUCGUAGAAAACCACAAAUUCUACUGCCAUAAGGCUUUCUUCUGUGGUCGGAGUGAUUACUUCAAGGCCCUGGUGCGUGACCACUUCCAUGAAGGAUCAGUAUCGGAUGAAGAACUUCCAGUGAUAGAGCUUCAUAACCUGAGUUCUGAUGUGUUUGUCUGUGUCAUGUACUUCCUGUAUCAGGACUGGUGCCAGUUGACAGUGGACAAUGUAUAUGACGUGAUGUGCGCAGCAGACCUGUUCUUGUUGCCAGGGCUGAAGCGCUACUGUGCCAAUGCCAUGGCCAGGUUCCUGAGUAUAAACGAUGUUGUCAUGGUAUUAAAGACUGCCCGCAUAUUCAACCUGCCACGACUAGAAGAUCAAUGCGCAGAAUUCAUGGCAGAAAAUCUAGAACAGGUGUUGGAGCUACAAGAAUUUGAGGAGCUGGUGAAGACAGACGCUGCCGAUGUGAAGGACCGAGACGAUACAGACACCAUCGACAUCAUCGACAGUGUCCGCUUCCACGUGACGAGCUGUAUACAGACCUACAGUGAGAUGCAGGAGGCUGAUGAACAACUUAAAUUGAUUGAUGAUUUCCUUCUGUCCCUCGGCCUUGAGUGCUAAAUUUGUACACUUAUGAAUCUCUGUGAUAUUUGAGAUAUGUUUUUAUUACAUUUUGCAGCCAGUAUGUUGAAAUACUGUGUAGUGUGCAUUGGUACAGUAUUUUGUGGAUAUAUCACAUAUAUAGUUGUAUAUAACUAUAGCUGUUAUUAGUUAGAAAUAACUGUCAAACCGUUUUAUUGUUAUUUGAUAUAUCAUUUUACAUACAGGAAUGUAGUGUAGACAAUAAUGGUAUUCGCACAUUAUUCCAUGGUCAAACCAUCUAUAUUGUUUUUAUAUUUUGCAGCCAGCUACUAGUUUAGCGUCAAACAUAUUACAAAAAUGUGAAACUUGUUAGAUAUUAUUUGUUGAUUUAUGGUUGGGUGUUUAUUGGUACAUUAUCAAUGGUAAUAUUAUAAUAAUUUGUUAUUGUUUUUACAUUUGGCAGCCACCUACAAGUUUCAUGUAUCUUGCUGUUGCACAAUGCUUAUUAAUGUAUUUCAUUUAAAUCUUUUCAUGGAAUUUCACUAUGGCAAAAAUAAUAUGAAAACGUUAUUGUAAUGUCAGCAAUGUAAAGCGAUAUAAAACACGAGCACAAAAUGAGCAAAAUGUAACAGUUAAAAAACAUAUAGUCUAGACUAUUAUGGAAAUGUAAUGUGGAUGUUGAAUGAGCCUAUUUUGAUUGCAUUAUAAUCUAUUGUUUGUAUGUGCAUUCCACUGUGCAUGUCGUUUUGUUUCCGUUUUUGAUAAAAUAUGAGAUGGCUAAAAUAAAAUAUAAGAAACAAA